AUGGCUAAGAAAAAUGACUCUUCAUUUUCUGAUAUUGUAAAGGAAGUUGUAGAGCAACAGCAAUCCCAAACAUCUGAAAUAGAGAAAAACAAAAAAAUUCUGUUCCAAUUGCAGAAUGAAGUCCGUGAAUUUGAGAAACAAAUAGGCUCUGUCAUAGCAGAGACCAAAGAAAUAGAAAAGCACAUUUAUCAACAAGAAAGUGAAAUAGAAAAAACCAAGCUUCACUGUGGAAGCCUAGAAGCUCAAAUCAAAUCCUUACAUGCAGAAAAUGUAAAGCUCAAGUUUUCCAUAGAAACAGCACAAGAAGAGUUUGAAGAGUACCGUAUAAGAAAUAAUGCAUAUGAUGAGAAAAUAAGAUUAUAUAAAGAAGGUAUUGCUGAGGCAGAAAAUAAAUGGCCAUUUAUGAUUGAACUCCAUCUGAAAAAAGAAGAAAUUAAAAAAUUAAUGACAAAGAAAAAGGAACUGACCCAUGAUCUCCAAAAUCCAGAAGGAAACAUGAUAAAACAAGCACAGGAAGAAAUUAUGAAUCUAAAAGAUAAAAUUGUAACUAUAGAGGCAUCUAUCUCCACAAAAACUAAGUUGCUUGAGGAAGAGAAAAAGGUACAUGAAAAAUUGAUGAAAGAAAUAGAGGUACAAAAUAAAAGGUGUGAUGCUGUUUUAAAGCGCCUCCGCUGUCAGGUGAACAAGCUUCAGGCAAACAGAAGACAAUGGCAGUGGAAUAUUCAACAGAUGGAAAAAACUGCGGAGGAACUAAGGAGGUGCAUAGGAAUGAGAGAUUAA